AAAAACCAACUAAAACCCUGUUGCCGAAAAAAAAUUAAUUAAAACCCUAAAACAAGAAAACCUGCCGCUUUGCCCUUGUUAGUUUGGUUAGAUUGAAGCCGUCAGAAACUGACGAUGGAACACGGUUUGUACUCUGAUUUGAGUAAAUCAACAUUUUCUCUCGUCAAUGAAGAUCACACUUUUUCUAAUUCUGUCCGAUUCACCUUGAAUCAAGAUCCAAGAGUGACAUUUUGUGGGUACAGCAUUCCUCAUCCUUCAGAAAACCGUGUUAAUGUCAGAGUCCAGACAACUGGGGAUCCAGCAAGUGAGGUGUUGAAAGAUGGUUGUCAGGAUCUGAUGCUUAUGUGCCAGCAUGUUAGGAGCACUUUUGGGAAGGCAGUUAAUGAUUUUAAAACCAGCAAAUCUGUUCGAAGCACUUCUGAGAAGUCAGUUAGUGAGUCUGAUGAUGAUAUGGAUACAUGAACUAGUCUGCAAGUUAUAGUUUUGAUUUUGAAUUAGUUAGGUUAUCUGAACAUUAAAAUAUAAACACCGUAUGUAUUUGUCUCAAUCUCAUACUUUUUAUCUUAUGCAACUUAGUGUAUGUUUGAAAACAUGGUGUAACCAUGUUCCAAAUCACGGUGGAUUGAAGUAAAUGAAGGUAGCUUCUAAAAUUCUGCAUCGCGCCUCAGUUCUUUUCAA